UUGUUUCAGGUCCCUUGACUGCUGGUAUCCAGUAUACUUGAACUGAACUCAUGGCCAGUGUAAAUGUGACUGAGUUGAUCAUCACUGGCCUUUUCCAGGAUCCAGAGGUGCAGAAGGUGUGCUUUGUGAUGUUUCUUCCCGUGUACCUGGCCACAGUGCUGGGCAAUGGCCUCAUUGUUGUGACAGUCAACAUCAGUAAGAGUCUGUAUUCCCCCAUGUAUUUCUUCCUCAGCUACUUGUCCUUGGUGGAGAUUCUCUACUCCUCUACUGUUGUCCCUAAGUUCAUCACUGAUUUACUUAACAAAAUUAAAACCAUCUCUCUGAAGGGCUGCCUGGCUCAGAUUUUCUUCUUCCACUUCUUUGGGGUCACUGAGAUUCUCUUGCUUUCAGUGAUGGCUUAUGACCGCUAUGUGGCUAUCUGUAAACCUCUUUACUACACAACUAUCAUGAGUAGGCUCAAAUGUUACCACCUGGUGGCUGGUUCCUGGGUAGGGGGAUUUUUUCAUUCUAUAAUUCAGAUAUUCAUCACUAUCCCUUUGCCCUUCUGUGGUCCCAAUGUGAUUGACCACUACUUCUGUGACCUCCAUCCCUUAUUCAAGUUGGCCUGCACUGACACUCUUGUGGUGGGGGUUAUUAUGUUUGUUAACAGUGGAUUAUUUUCUGUAUUUUCCUUCCUUUUCUUGGUGUCCUCUUACAUUGUUAUCCUGUAUAACUUGAGGAACCAUUCUGCUGAGGGGAGGCGCAAGGCUCUAUCUACCUGUGCAUCUCACAUCAUGGUGGUCGUCUUGUUCUUUGGACCUGCCAUCUUCCUCUACUUGAGGCCUGCCUCCACCUAUACUGAAGACAAGCUUGUGGCUGUGUUCUACACGGUCAUCACCCCCAUGCUAAACCCCAUCAUAUACACACUCAGAAAUGCAGAGGUGAAAAAUGCUGUGAGGAAGUUGUGGGGCAAAAAAGUAAGCUCAAGUCUGGAAUAAAAUUAAAGGUAUGAAACAAUCA